GCAGCAGGCGGGCGUGGAGGUGGAGGAGGAGGAGGAUGCCGAAGCAUUGGUUGCCGCGGCCGAAGCGGAGACGGGUCGGCCAGAGAAGCAACCCGUUCCGGCCGCGGCCCGGACGAGUUCGGGUACACCCGCGGCUGCAGAUGCGGCGCGCAAGGAUGAUCAGCUGAGCGAGGGUAUCGCUGCCGCGCUGGCAAGGCUACGAGACAAAGGGUAACAUGUCCACGAACGUGCCGAUUGGGAAGCUCGGCCACGUUUUCAGUCCUCGCCGCACGACACAAACACCGCAUGCCGCUAGUGCGGGCAAGGUUGCCCAACAUAGGCAUAAACGCGACCCGUGCCGGUUUGUUCAACUGCAGGUCGCCCUCGUGUCGGUGGCUGACCGGAGCAACGGUUCGCAGCAUUUUUCAGAGGAAAGUUUGGCAGCGCAAAAGACGCAGGAGGCACGGGGUGUGUUGCCCGGUCCCACGGGUUAUACAAUUCAUUCGGAUGGGUGCAGACGCGGAAGGACGAGGACAAUCGAGACAUCCCAGUUGUGCUCCAAACAUCCUCUUCCUCGUCGGCGGCUCCCAGUUGACGGACCCAUUGCCAGGUACAAGGGAGUCAGUCUUUGCAUCUGUCAGCUGUGGUAUUGACGGGAGAGGCGCACGGGGGUGGCCUGCGGUCGGUGCACAUGGUCUGAGCCCUGUGAUCCGUCAUGGGAAUGUACCAUGCGGGAGAAGCAAGCACAACAGUGUUGACCGGGGGGUUGAUGAGGGGUUGCACAAUUGUCCAAUUUUUUCCCCGGCCUGCCCGUCAUCCGACCUCGAGGUGGCACACUCUCGAAAGAAGGCGAAAUUCACGCUGGUUGUCUGUGUGCCUUACGCAUCCGCGGUGUUGGGUUACCAGCCAAGCGGCUCGCGGCCUAUUCUGAGAAGGGAGCAUGCUGCUCUCUUGUCUGACCGUUUCUGCAGCCAAAGGCGUGCCCGGCGUGGUUUCUUCCCUAGGAACACAAACCGCCUUCCUGCCAGACUCGGUCCAGUAACUAUUAGCGAUGGACCAGUCAAUAUAGUCAGAUGCAACUGCUUGGACUGAGAUCCAAGUCCAAUUACUUAUCCCGGAGCUGGAUUGGUCUUGGGUCUCGUGCAGGUUCUCCUGGUUGCGCAGGCCAAAAUAUAUUGCAGGCUCCGCAUGAACCA